AUGAAUGGGACGUUUUGUAACCUGGCCUCCGGCACGCUUCUGGAACAAUCUGUGAUGAGCCAGAACAAGCUGGUCCUGGUACCUUUAGCUGUGGUGUGUUCUGUGAUAACUGCCUUUACGAUUGUCGUCAACUUGAUGCUGAUCAUCGCCCUCGUCAGAUCCAGAAGUCAGGAGACCAGACAGGCACCUGGUAAACAUGGAAUAACGCAGAUGUUGAUGACGUCCAUGGCGGUUUCUGAUUUCAUCUUUGGUGUUUUUCUCAUGCCGCUUGGGGUGGUGGAGAUCACGACCAACGGAGUUUGGGACUUUGGCGACGGUUUCUGCUACACAAGGAUAUUGUUAAACAACCUCUUGUGUUCCGUGUCCAUAUUCCAUUUAAACUUUCUGGCUCUGGAUAGAAUACUGGCUGUGUACAAGCCGCUGUGGUAUCGACUCCGAACAGCUAAAACAGGUGCCCUGAUGGUUUCUAUAUCCUGGACGGUUCCAAUAGUUAGCAUUCUGUUUUUUGAGGUUGUAUCUUUACAGCAUGUAUCUCUGCAGAUCUUUCAAGAGCCAGAGGUUGUUACAGUUAUUAUCAUCAAUUUCUUUAUACCUUUAUCUAUUUCCUACAUUCUGUAUGUAGCUCUAAUCAUGAAAAUUGUAAUUUACAAUCUACAAACACGAAACAAAAAUAACAACAGGCAAUCACAAUUUUCUGCACACAAUGAUAACGCUGGAGCAUUCAAUUUCGAACAACCAAACAAUUUCAAUACCAAUGCAACCAACUUGAGUUUGGUGUCAUUGGUCAACAUGCCAAGCCAUAACUCUAGUAUUUCAAGCCUAGUAACAGACCAGACAAAUGCCCAACUAGGAAACGUGUCUAUAAAUAAAAAGACACGUCAACGUAUGUUUAAGGCUCUACGAACCAUCGGCUCUCUUGUGGUAGCUUACACGGUGUGCUGGCUGCCGUCGUGGAUAUCCCCACCAAUCAUUUCUGUUGACCACUUACCUAUGUGGUACGUCAUGUUCCUAUGCUGGAUGGGAUAUUUUAACUCGGCCAUCAACCCGUUGCUUUGUUGUUUUAACGUGUCUGUCAGGAGGGCCGUCAAAUUAUUCCUUCACGUCAAAGUUUGUUGA